GUUUGGAAGGUGGGUACGUCCAACUUAGGAACCGUCUCAUCGGGGCUCUGGCUGCUGUGCAACAAGACCUGCGAGCAGCUGCCAGUCAGCAGCCGCGAUGAGGCGUCCCUCAAAACCGUGCAAGCCUUUAUGAUCCUCUCCAUCAUCUUUUCCGUCAUCGCGCUCGUCAUGUUCAUCGUCCAGCUGUUCACCCUGGAGAAAGGCAAACGUUUCUACAUGACUGGAGCCAUCAUGCUGGUUUGCUGGAUGUGCAUUCUGAUUGGAGUCUCCAUUUAUACAGCUCGGUUCACAGGCAGGAUUCCCGAGUCCACAGGUUCUCACCAUGGCUACUGUUUCAUAUUGGCCUGGAUCUGCUUUUGCUUCAGUUUCGUCAUUGGCAUCCUCUACCUUGUUCUUAGGAAAAAAUAA